UAAUCCGGGCAUUUCAACAUUUCCCAGAUUGCUGAGCGUAAUGACAGUUUUUCCAAGCAAAAUGUUUCGUUACAAGAGAAAGUAAACAACAACAUGGGUCAAUUCGACAAACAUUAUCCCGAUGGCUUCGCCAGUUAACAGAAAAAUGAAAAGAUUUACCCUCAAGGGGGUCCUUGAUGGUCUACGGUCGUCGGUUAGCACAGCUCCGAAGUCUGAGACGGAGAUAGAGGAAUCGCUUCAGUCGCAACAUUUCCAGAUUUGCAAGACCGUUCGAUAUGGAUUCCCAUUUCAUCCAACUGCUGUAGCUUUUGAUCCAGUGCAGCAUAUUUUGGCUAUUGGUACCAAAUCUGGGUCACUUCGGAUUAUUGGGCAGUCGGGUGUUGAUUGUCAAUGUGAACAUUUUGGUGAUGUAGCAGUCUCACAGAUUCUCUUCUUGGCUAAUGAGGGUGCUUUAGUUACUGUUUGCUCAGAUGAUAGUCUUCAUUUAUGGAACCUUCGACAGAAAAGACCAGAAAUUGUCCACUCAUUGAAAUUUCAAAGAGAAAGAAUAACAUAUUGUCAUCUCCCUUUUCAAAGUAAAUGGUUGUAUAUAGGAACAGAAAGGGGAAAUGUCCAUUUAGUUAAUAUAGAGUCUUUCAUCCUUUCUGGCUAUGUUAUAAAUUGGAAUAAAGCAAUUGAAUUAUCUCGUAAAACCCAUCCUGGUCCUGUUGUUCACCUUAGUGAUAAUCCCGUUGAUUCUAGCAAGCUUUUAAUUGGUUUUGAAUCUGGUGCUGUGGUACUUUGGGAUUUAAAAACUAAAAUAGCUGAACAUAGAUUCCCUACACCAGAGGCCCUCCGCUCGAUAGCAUGGCAACAUGAAGGCAAACAGUUUAUGUGCAGUCAUUCAGAUGGAAGUCUGACCACAUGGGGCUUCAAAACACCACAGAAACCAACAAAUGUUAUGCUGCCACACGCUAAAAUUGGUAAAGAUGGAAAGCCUGACCCUUGUAAACCUAUAACUAAAAUAGACUGGAAAUCUGUUAGAAAUGGAGGUGAAGGUCUUAUCAUAUUUUCUGGUGGUAUGUCAUAUGACAGAGCUGGUCGAACCCCAUGUAUUACUGUCAUGAAUGGCAAGAGUACCACUGUAUUAGAAAUGGAACAUAAUGUUGUUGAUUUUGUUGUUCUUUGUGAGACACCCUGGGCUAAUGAUUUCCAGGAUCCUUACGCUAUUGUUGUGCUGCUGCAAAAUGACUUGGUUGUUGUAGAUCUGACAACGCAAGGUUACCCAUGCUUUGAAAACCCGUAUCCUAUGGAUAUCCACGAGUCCCCAGUUACAGCCUGUCAGUAUUAUGCCGACUGUCCUCCCGAUCUCAUUCCAGCUUUUUACUCAGUCGGAUCCAAAAUACAGAAAAAAUCUGGAUUCAGUGAAAAGCCCUGGCCAAUACAAGGUGGUGAAUGGGGUACAACAACUUGUAGUUACCCAGAAAUUAUAAUAACAGGCCAUGCAGAUGGUUCCCUUAAGUUUUGGGAUGCUUCGGCAGUGACUUUACAAAUUUUAUAUAAACUAAAAACUGCCAAAAUGUUUGAAAAACCAAAGCGAAAUGUAGAUGUUCAAGAUGAAGAUCCGUUUGCUAUACAGAUAAUAUAUUUAUGUCAAGAGAGUAGAUGGAUGUGUGUAGCAGGAGCAACUCAUGUCAUGUUAUGCAAGUUUUGUAAACAUGAAAACACGAUAGAUAUACCAAUGUUAGAAGUAUCGAUUGUAUAUGAGAUUAAUGAUGAGCUGGACUCACCAGAAUAUGACUAUCCUAAACCAAGUCUCAGCGUGGUGGCAACCCAACAAAGUGGUAGCAUGGGUUCUUAUUCCAGCAAUACUUCAGAUUCAGGCAAAGAACCACAGACAUUAGUACGAGUUAAAGGUGGUGGUAGAAAAUGGGGAUCAGGUUAUCAUCCUGAUUUAGUUUGUGUUUUAACUUUUGUUGAUGGGGAACCACCAGGCAGUAUAACCAGUGUAUCAAUAAAUUCAUCAUAUGGAGUUAUGGCAUUUGGUAAUGAAUCUGGAAUAGCCAUCAUAGAUGUUAUGCAAAAAACCUGCUUAUUGAAUUUAGGCACACCUGAUUUAUAUGGUUCGAUGGAUCCAUAUCAAAGAGCUCCACGGUCACCAAGAAAUAAAACAACAGCUUCUGUUAUUAACUCAGAAGAUUGUAAAUCACCUGUAGCUGAUCAAUUGCCUUUGUGUAAUUGUUGUUUUGUUUUGGUGUUGGUUUCAGUCGACACCUUGUCCACCUGAUUUAGUUACACCCAUUCCACCACCUAGACGUAAAUCUAAAAAAGCGGAUGUGGAUCAACAUUCAAUGCCUGCCGUUACUAGUGAAAUUUGCGAUGAAGAUAUCAAUAAUGAAAUUCCAUUUACACCAUAUGUAGUUAUUCCCCAAAAU